UGAGCUGCUACAGGGUCUGGAUGAGAGGUAUGUGAGGUCCAAAUGAUGACAGAAGCUCCAACAUCAAUAUAUCUCCUGAUGGACCUUUUCAGCUGCCAAAAUGGCUGCAGGAGCUAUAGCUGUUCAGCCAUGUGCUCUUUGCCAAGUGGCAGAUGUCUUCCUGUUCCUAGAUCCAGCUGAGAUUUUGGUUCAUGAUCAUGCACCAGGACAUAGCUGCGCGCACUAAUAGAGCAUCAUUUUGAAAGAACCCAAGUGAAUUUACUGUGGCUCUUUCCAUAUAUUUAGAUCUAUUUUUCCUCCUCUUAGUGGAAUUCAUCUUCCUGAAAGCUUUCAUCAUCUGCAGUGUGAGAAGGGAGAACAGCUAAUGCUAUUGCUUCCAACACCAAGCACUGCCAAAAGCAACUGUUAGUAAGCAGUAGUAAAUUUUGGUAUCUACUGUCUAAACCAGCACUACCAUGUAUAAUUAGCAGAUUGAACAUCCUUCCAAGGUGGGUAGUUUAGCUAUGCUAGAGAAUUUGGGCCUUGCAUUUGUCUGUAUUGAACAGUGUCAGAGCUAUCUCAGAACACCUGAGCACUUCAAGCAUUUCAAGCUUGUUUUCACAUAUGUUGAGCACUGGCAAUUGUGGUCCAAGUUGGUUUUGCUCGUUACUUGUGACAAUUAAUUGAACCCUUCCCAUCUGCUGGGUGGGGUCUACAUGGCACAUAAAUUUUCUUCCUCUUUACUGUUCUAAUAGACACCACAUCCUUCCUUUAGUCUGCACAGAACUGACCUUUACUUAGGAUGUUCCUUUUCAAAUUCUCUUUUGCAGAAAACGCCCACAGAUCCUAGUACUUUUUUUUUUUUUUUUUUUCCAGCAAGUAUUAAUUUCAGUUUCUAAAUUUUGCCAAACUUUGCAGUACAUUUUCCAGGAUCUUUCAAUCCAUCCUUAGAGUUAUAAAAUGGCUUGCAACAAUUCUCCUUUCUUUUCUUGGCUUUUAUCACAAUUGUUGUUUUGCACCAAUUACCUCUUUGGCUGGGGCCGAACUGUGAUCCCAGCUAACUCAUUAGUGUCACCUCCAGAAAGGCAAAUGUUGUCUUUAAAUAUCUGAAUGUGUACCUUUGGGCAAGCGUUUUUCCUCUGUAUCUGAGAAAAUACUCUUAGAUCCCACACAGUGUUUUGUUACAAAGAUGUUGGCUGCCCACCAAAGAAGAUUACACUUGUAGUAGUCUGCCUUUUCUAUUUACUUCUGUUGUGUCACAAUUCUUCUUUUCAAUGGCUUUUCCUAAUAGUAUCUUGUCACAUUAGCAUAUGAAGCAAUUUGGCAUUGCAUUCACCUAUUCAGUCUUCUCCAAGGAGACUAAAUGACAGGGGAGUGUGGCUGUCUGGAGGUGAUGAUCACUUAUGGUGGAGUCAUGGGCACAACAUUCUUGAGUAGCUGCCAGCAAGGUUGUCUUGGGUGACUGCUCCCAGGAUUACAAUCUGAGUGCUUGAGAAGCCAGGAUGUCUCCUCCUCCUCCUCCUUCCCUCCAAGGACCUCGACUGCCUCCACCUCAGUAGAGCCCACUGACCUCUAUUCACUGCACAAUUAUCUGCCCUAAGUGUGGCUUUGCUGAGCUCAUACAUCAUGAUUUCAAGCAGCCUUUUUGUUAUUGUUUGUUUUUUUUUUUUUCUUUUUAAAAACCCAGUCAUUUGCUUAAUUUUUGUUCGCUGUCUUUCAGGCCACUUCUGCUCCAUAGAAGAAUGUUCACCUUAUGGCUAUUUAUACACUCUAGCAUCUUCAUAGCUUUGCAAACAAUCUGGAACUCCAAAUCAACAAUAUGGACAGCAUUAAUUUGCCCAUUACUCUGCUGACAUGCUUGAAAGGCUGUUAUAGGUCUCCACUGUCAUAGAGGGAGCCAAUUAUUCUAAUUAGCAUGUCCCUAAAUAGUUACAUAGAUAGUUUGUAAUUCCAUUUUUAGCUCAUGAUAUAACCAUGUUUUUGGAUUGAACGAACAUCAUAGUUAUUAGUGGGUAGAACUGGCCUGCUUUUACAAAUGAAUCCCAAGCAAGCACAUCACAGUGUUGGUGUAAUGACUUUUCUCUGUAAAUACUGGCAUUUAAUCUAUGGAAAAGUCCCAGUGGCUUUUUAGCACUUUGUAAGUCCUCCAAGACACUUCUGAGUAAGUUUCUAAGCAAGGUUUGUACUCUUAGUUAACACAGAUCAUUUCCUCCAAAGCUGGAAAGUUCUUCCAUAUCAUUUUAUAGUUAAAUAUACUAAGUGUUAAAUCAGUUAUAAAAAUAAGUAUUGAAUUAUGUUCCUAAUAUAAUGCAAGCAGAGAAUCAAAUGGAAAACAGAAACAGAUCUCAAUGCUGGAGUUGAAGAGAUAAAAUGAAAACCAUCCACUUACGGAAUUGACUUCUGAAAGAUGAUGGAAUAGCACCUUAAAAUAACAGCACUGAGACCUGUAGCAUGGGUAACUAAAGCCCCUCACGCUGCACCCUAUCUCUUGGAAACACAAGUAGCUGGAGGGGCCCACCCACAGAAAGAGCAGCCUAGGCAGCCACAAGGGUACCAAGACCUUUCUCAUACCAGUAUCCCUCCUCUUUUAAAGUUUUAUUAUCUGAGUGUUCCCUAUGUUUGCCAAAAAUAUGUUUUACGUGUGCCACUGUAAUGAUACAGCAGGUGGGAUCUGAAGUAGAGCCCCUCUAAACUGUGCAAAGAAAACUCCUUUCUCCUGGAGGCUGCAGGAUCUCUAUCUAUGGACAUCAGCCUUUUUUUUAUGCACACAUUCCCCCCUCCCAUGUUUUAAUCUCCUCUAAUCAGAAAUCCAGCCUCUCAUUUUGUGCACUUGGUGCUUUUUGCUGCAUACAAUUUGAUGAUCUUAUUUAACUUAUUGUAAUUAGGUCACAUCAUACAUGUCUCACAGUUCACUUCUUCCUCCAGAUAGGAAUACCCAUUUCCUAUAAUUUAAGUGACAUUUCCCAACUGAUAACAGUAUUCACAGAUGACCCCAAAUUGAUGAGAAUAUUCUCUGCAUCUCUAAGGCCCACACACGCUGCCAGGGAAGCAUAAAGCACCUGUAAUGUCUAUGAGAAUUCACACUAACAUUUUCAUGUUUUUGCUUCAGCCUCGGGUAAAAAAUAUAUCUGGCAAGAAGAGAGGGGAAGGCUUCCCACUUUCUGUUUUAGUAAGUUUUUAUUAACUGUGUGGAAAUUCUAACUAUAAAUAUGCUCAAGAAAGGGAGAGGCUUGUAAAUGCAACUUCCAGAUGCUAGAGGGCGUAGGAGACACAGAAAGUCUCCGGAGUAGCAGUUAAAAGAGGUUCGGGUGAGAUAUUUGCAGCAACAUUCGGUUCUUGAAAAGGAUGCUUGCUAAUGUUCAUGCUGAUUCUGCUGUCUUUCUGAAGAGAACAAGCCAGAAAGCAGAAGUAGCUUUCUAGAUUUUUGUUAGUUUUGCAGAUAGUCUAAAAAAACCCAACAAUUAUUUAUAGGGCUAUUGGUCUAAAUGAAGAUAUUAAUACAUGCUCCCAAUUUUUAUUUUUACUUUUACCAGAGCAGUUUAGUAAUGAGGGUAUGUUCUGAAAGAGCUCCUAUCAUUAGCCAUCAAAACAGAGAGCUACUACUGACAUUUAAUGAAAAAGGUGAAAGGUAAAUUCCUGGGCAUAGCGGUAUUUUCAGUGAGGAGAAGAACUAAAGGCUUCAGACUUGUCUGUCUGGUUUAGUCAAAAUAUUCAGUAAUGUUUCUUCAUCUCUACACAGAAUUUCUGUGCUAGUGAAAAUCCUGCUGUGUUUGGUGUUGCAGUCUACAAACCUACUAGUAUAAUACCUGCGUGAGGGGGGUUCUGGUAGAUGCUGUGCAGAACAGACCAAGAUUUUUUCUGUUAGCAUCUUGACAGAGUUCACAGGGCUUACCCUAAAUGUGUCAGAGGACAGGGCCACCAUAGUUGCUCCUUAGAAAACCUCUACAAAUAGCAGAAUGUUUUGUUAUCAGUUCAAAGUAAUGCAGCAAGAGACCUGAGCUUCCCAAACCUGUAAAGGAGAGAAGAUGUACAUAUUGAUAAGUUUAUGUUGGGUUUCUCUAGUCAGUUGAUGCCCCUCAAACCAAAUGUAUUGUCAGUUCAUAGGACUCCAAUAUUAAAGGGAAGGAUUCCCUUCAGCCACUGUGGACUCCUUCUUUUUCUCCAGAUUUUAUGCUCGAGGCCAGGUAUAGAUGCUGAAUGACAGAAAGAUAUUCUAGUAAACAAAACAGGACAGGUGGAGUAAUGAAACUCUACUGAAUUAUUCAUCGGGUCCUGAAUGAUGCAGAGAGAAUUAUUACAGUGAACAAUCACCCCCGAUGAGAGGAGCAGUGCAAGGAACAGCCCUGCAGUACAACUGACUUGUCUUCCCCAGGUAAGGAAAGGAACAAAAAAAUACAUCCAAGAACCAGUGCAUUCCAAUGAGUAAUUUUGACCUCUGAAGCAUUUUCCCAGCUUGCCUUUGGAAGUUGAGAAAUUGUACAACCUCAUCACAAUGAUGCCUGGCUUCCUUCUGAUGGUUGUUACUGCUGAGAGCUGUCAUACUACAUGAAAUUCCCUGAGAACAAGAGUAAAAAGACUGGAUCCUGUUAUGCCAGAGACUGUUACAGAAUGCAACGUGAGAGAUUUUGUGUCCCAAGGCCAUUUGCACCAUAAAGAAACUUGAAACAUCAGAGCCAAAAAGCAACAUCUUUUGUCUCCUGCAACAAAAUCUUUUCAGCUCUUCAGGCUUACUGAAUAUGUAAUCACAAACUGAUUGCGAUCUAUGGAGAAGAGUACACAAGGGGAUAAAUAUGGCUUUUAAGGGUGAGGACUACUUGGAUUCCCUUCCUUUACCUGUUCAGCGUAUGCAUUUAAUUCAGGUGGACUCUGUUCAGCGGUGGAUGGAAGACUUGAAGUUGAUGACAGACUGUGAAUGCAUGUGUAUUCUCCAGUCCAAGCCGAUCAGCGCUGAGAAGGAUGAGCAAAAUGAACUUAUCCUUUCCUCACAGUAUAGCACAAGCGAUAACUUACAGCUGCUAUUAAAAAGAGCUUGGAUAAUAAGCACAGAGCUGACCAGGAUUGCUCAAAAGUUGGAAAAGAGUAGAUGGCAAAGAGUCCACAGUAUGACAGUAAGAGUCAAUUGCCAUGUACGUUCCAUGAUAAAUGAAUAUAAUGCAUUUACCAGGAGUUUGUCAGAAGAAAUGAAUGAGCUGGAAAAACUCUUAAUAGACAAGUGUUCAGAGUUUACAGCAUUUACAGAAAGGUGCAUACAAAUAGAGGAUGAGCAGAUGCUGAGGUCUAUGAAAUCUUGUAUUAAUGAAACGCUCACUACCAUUGCUCAGUAUUUUGGGCAGUUGAUAGAGCUAGUUUUAACACACGAGGCACAGAACCUGCUGAGACAAAUAGAAUCGUCAGAUAGUGUGUACAUCACUGAAUCAGCAAUUAAUAGCUUAUUCGGCCUCACCCAGGAAGGUACUCAUCUGUGCCGUAUCAUAGCUAAGGAAGGAGGUGUCACUGCUCUCUUUAAGAUCUGUCGCCAGGAUUAUUUCAGGCGCCUUUAUCCCCAGACACUGAGAACAUUGGCAUCCAUUUGUUGUGUAGAGGAAGGGAUGCACCAGCUGGAAAAGGUAGAUGGAAUACUGUGCCUGGCUGACAUUCUUACUGAUAACACCCAUUCGGAAGCCACUCAUGCAGAAGCAGCGGCAGUAAUUGCACAGAUCACAUCUCCACAUCUCACAUUCACUCAACAUCUCAGCAGCUUUCUGGAAAAUAUGGAAGAAAUUGUUACAGCACUUGUUAAACUGUGCCAAGAAGCCUCAUCUGGUGAAGUUUUCCUGCUGGCUUCAGCAGCUCUUGCCAAUAUUACUUUCUUUGAUACCAUGGCUUGUGAAAUGUUGCUUCAGCUAAAUGCUAUGAAGAUUCUUCUAGCAGCGUGUUCAGACAAACGCAUAGUGGAUACUCCAUAUUCCCGAGAUCAGGUGGUAACAAUAUUGGCAAACAUGUCUGUCUUGGACCAAUGUGCUUCAGAAAUCAUUCAAGGAAAUGGUAUUCAGCUUUUAAUGGAAAUGCUCUUUGAAAGGUCAUCUUCAGGAAAUUCAGCAGAAGUUGCUGCUUGUGAGCGAGUUCAACAGAAAUCUGCAGUUACGCUGGCACGGCUCAGCCGGGAUCCUGAAGUGGCAGAUGCAGCUGUAAAACUCAGCUGUAUUCCUCGCCUAAUUAAACUUUGCAGAUCACCAACUGAAAGAAAUAACAGCGAUUCUGUUUUAGUAGCAUGCCUGGCAGCCUUACGAAGACUAGCAGUUAUGAGUCCGGAUGGACUUGAAGAUUCAGAUUUUCAGCAGCUAGUAAAGCCCAGGCUUGUGGAUUCCUUCCUACUGUGCACAAAUAUGGAAGAGAGCUUUGUAUAAAUGUGAGCCAAAAGCAAAAUCUUUGAAAAAGAGUCAAGAUAACACUUACAUAAUGAGAUAAUACAUACUCAGUUUUACUUAGAUUUAGUACUAUAGGUAUUUAUGACUAAUUUAUUUUAAAACCAUUAUCAUGUGGCUUGUGGACAAAGUUACGGAAUAGGCAAACUUAUUUCUGUGGUUUGUAAGUUAAAUUAAAAACAAAACAAAGUAAUAACACAAAAACUUCCUAUACUAGGACAUAUUAGGAGAUUUUAUCAUUGCAGCCUGACAGUUACUGUCAUGUUUAGUAGAACUGAGAGAAGGUAAAGAAGCCAAGAAUUUGGUGCUCUUAUUUUAAUGCUUCUAAUGGCAUCUUAUUGCUGAUGUUUUUCUGUAGUUAGAAUAUUUUUCAGUUUUUUCAGCAAAUGCAUUAGUCUGUUGCAUUUGCUUCAUCAAAAGAGGAACGAUGCUUAAGGCUGUAAGUAUAUACUUUGAUAUGAAUGGGAUGUUACUAAGUCCAGUUCCUCAUCAUUAUGUUUUUUAAUAGAGUUCUAAAGAUAUGUAAAUGAUUUUUUUCAGAAAUUUUUCAAAUAUUGGCUUGGCAUUAUGUUAGAGGGCAUUUCUAAGCUGCAGUGAAGGUGUGCUUCAUUAGCAGAUAUGUAAGUACAGACAACUUUUAUUUGCAUGUACUGAUAUUUUGUAAAGAAAUGAAAAGACUGUAGAAAAGUCUUCAUGAAAUCAAACCUAUCGUCAAUGUGAGAUUUAGGAUCAUUACACACUAAUAAUCUUCCCUCCUUUCCAAGCCUUCCAAGAAGUGGAAUACAGACAUGUAUUUAAUACUCAAUUUACUACUUUAAUGAAAAAUUUUGCUUGCAUACAUUAAAUAAUUAGAACAUAUAAUUGCAACUUGAAUUUCCUUUUUUUUUUUUAAGCUAGUCUUGUAUUUCUAAAACUGUGAAACAGGACUUCCAAGAACUCUUGGAGUUGAUACAAGAUGAUUUUAACAAUAGAUUACAAGAAAAACAAUAGAGUUACUUUUAAAAAGAGAUUUAUCUUUUUUCAUCAUGAAGCUAUAUGCAUUUACAAUUAGUCCUCUGGCAAUAUCCUGAGUGUUUAUUGCCCCAGCUUUGUGCAAAACAUUCUGUAAGUUAUGAAAGUAUGUGUUAUUUUUUCUUGAUGGUUUGCAUCCUUUGGUCUGGAUCAUUUUGUGAUUGAAAACUUUAGGGUGCUAGGACAUAUGCCAAAUAAAUAAGUACACUUCUUUACAGUACUUACUACAUAGAUAUCUUAAGCAACUUAAUUAAUGUUUAGUUAGAAUUAUGUGGUUUUUAGGUGACAGGCACAAGAAAAUUGCUACACUGUGUUUGCCUUCCAUGUUUUCAUUGUCUGAGGAAUCUCCCUUCCUUCAAGCAGUGGUAAAUAGUGACCACCUUUUCUUUUACUCUAGAAUAAUAGUGGUUUAAGAAAUUUCUGCCUUAUAUAUAUAUAUAUAUAUAUAUAUAUAUAUAAGAAGAUUAUAAUCUUCUUAGCAACCUCUUCAUCUAACUAUGAACUCUGUCUUAACUGCAGUUUUAAAAGAUUUAAAGACACACAAGAAUGUCUGAAGCAACUGUUCAAAGAUAACAGUGGAUCAGAUGUUUCACAAAUGUGAUUUCCUGGUAAGAGAAGAGAUGAAUUCUACUUUGUUUGCAUACUUUAAGGCAGCUCCCUAAAUGUCUGACAGUAAGACAUAUCGUACUGUAUAGCAUUCAAAUUAUCACACAAGUGACUGACAACAUUUUCUCCACAUAGCAGAAAUGUGUGUAUGCUUUAAAUAGUAGUAUCAAUAUUCUUCAUGUAAAACAGUGAACUCAAAACUUUUUCUAAGACCUUAUUAUGUUCAUUUCUUAUGUUGAUAAUCUUUAACAGAACACAAACUAUCAGAAGCUUUUGCUUAAUGCUGUGUUGAACGUCAUUCUGUUAACUGCAGCUAACAUUAGAAACUAUUUUUUGUAGACAGGGUAGAGUUUACCCCAUAAUAGAUGGUUUUAAAAUCACAUGAAAAAGAAAAAAAAAAUAAUUGUGGGGCAUGUACAUUCAGAAAAGAGCAGAGAUGAUCUCAUGAUCAAGGCAGUGGGGUUGCUUUAUGAUCACUAAAGCACCGUUGUGUAGUAAAAUUGGGAGCCCCAAAUUCAAUUUACACUGACCCUGCUUGGGAAGGUGGCAGUGGACUACAGAUGGUUAGUGCAAAUGUAACUGUCACUCUUGUGGAAAGGGUGUGUAGAAUGAUCAGACUCUUGGACAGUCAUUGCUCAUAGAUCAGAAUCAUAAAUAAAAACAGGGAAAUUUCAGUGCUUCCAAGGCAAAAGGACUAAUUUCUGGGUCUUCAGCAGUGCUGCUGGUUGUUGGUUGAUGGUUGCAUGCUUGUGUGCAUAUAUAUACACACCUAUGUAUAUAUGUAUACAUUUAUCCCUUAAUCUCCUUUUUCUCUCUUUUUCUCUCUCUCUCUCCUUUUUUUUUUUAAUAGAGGCAGGUUGUUCUAAAAGUGUUUUAUAUACAUAAAAAUAAUUUGAGAGCACAAUCAAAUGUAGCAGAAAAAAUAUAAUUUGGCUGCAACUGGAAAUCAGAACAGUGCUUUUCAGAAUAUAUAUAUAUAUAUAUAUAUACAUAUAUAUAUAUGUACAGUCUUUGUGUCAGUCUUUGGAAACAGAAAAAGAAAAUUAAUAUGCUAGGCAUGGGCACAGCAUCAGUUCUCAUGCCAAUGCAUCCUGCAGUCUAAGUCAAGGAUGUAAAAGCUCCAUAACAACCUGAUUAUUGUUCUUGUGAGACCUGACUUUUGCUUAUAGCAAUAGUGAGUAUAAUAGCACUGGACUCAGUCAUGUCUUAGCUAGGCAGGAAUUACUCAUUCCACUGAAAGUUGAAUUAGAAAUUAAUGAAAAGAAAUAAUCAUAAUAAUCAUGGAUAGUUUAUAAUGAUCUGUCCUGUAAAACUCUUUACAGGAUAUAUUGGUACAAUCAAAAAGGCGUUAUAUUUUCAGUACAGUGUCAAGUAAUUUAUUGUCCACGCAUGUAAAGUAAAUUAGUGUAGCUAUUAAGAAUAUGCCAUUAUGACCCAUAACAUUUUUCAAGCCAUUUCAAACAGGUCUCAAAAAAUAUUCAGUGAGCAGGCCAGUAGGAACAAAGGAGUCAACUUUGCUCUCAGGUACAACCAAAUUAAUUGACUUUACUACAAAUACUCUCUGUUUAUAAGGAUGUAGCCAUAAUUCUGAGUACAUAUUGCCUGUUUACUUGUAUUCAUAUUAUAAAUGUAGCUGUUUACAGAAAGAAAAUACACUUGAAUGAAUCUCAUAUUUGUAGGUGAAAAUAUAUAUAUUGAAAGAACCAGUUCAGAACCACUGUCACUUAACUGUCAUUGAAAACAUUUUUGCUAGGUCUGAAAUUUUCAUCUAAAGUUGUGCACUUUAUUUUUAUAUAUGCUAGAGCUUAUGGAAAAAUAGUCAUCCUGCUUCCUUUCUUCUUCAUUUAUUAAGAAUUUAAAAGUCGUUAUAAAUAUGAAAUAUCUUUUUUUUUCCUUUUUUUUUUUUUUCUUCUUUUUCUGAAAAGUUCUGGAUCAACAGUGUUUGCUUUGACAGUCAUUUUCAGUUUUUUACUUUUUGAAGUGUUUAUUUUAUGAAUAAAAAUGCUUAAUGUCAACAUAGUAUGAAACAAAAUACUUCAUGUCAAGAAUAUCACUGAAGUGUGCUGCCUGGUGUAUAAAAAUUAGGGCUCUGUUUAUAUCUAUUGUUAGUAGAGUAAGAAGUCAACUGUAAUAUCUAUAUAUAACCCAUAUAUGUGGACUCAUUACUCCAUAGAGAAUGUAUGUAAUUUGGGUAUUAGCUUAGUCAUCCUGGAAAUGGAAUGUUAUAAUUGCUGGAACUGUUUUAAUUUCAUCUAAAUUGUUCUGAAAAUUCUAGUUUUUGUAUGCUUUUAGAAAUGCUGGAUAAGUAUGUGGUAGACUACAGAAUUCUUAGUAAAUGAUUUAUGUUCCAAUGGCUUUGGACAGUGUGUUCUAUUUCUAGCUUUAUCUUCAACUGUUUAAUGAUUUAUGCAGCCGAGGCAAUUGUUUGUCGAAUAUAUUUUUUUUUCUCAGAUUUUUUUGUGUGUGUAUAUUUAAUACAUGAAUUAUUUGUGUGGUA